UCCUUUCAGGUCCAAGGUCAGGGCCUAAGCCUCGUAUCAUGAAACCGAUGACGAAAGAAGAGUGGGAAAAACAACAGAGUGUUAUUCGGAGAGUGUAUGACGAGGAAACAGGCAGGGAAAGGCUUAUCAAGGGAGAUGGAGAAAUCCUGGAGGAGAUUGUGAGCAAGGAGAGGCAUGGAGAAAUCAACAAGACUGCCACAAGAGGGGAUGGUAAAUUCUAUGCAAAGCAGAUGGGUUUGAAGUGA